CCCUAGUACGUUUUGUAAACCAGGUGGCAGCGUGCAGCAGUUCGCAUUGCGGCGCUAGCUUCUCAGGACAUGACGUAUUCGAAGCAUUCGUGCAGUAAUCACGGUCAGAGGACGUUUCUGACGACUAGUCUCUUUCUACAUUUCACAUUUUCGAAAUAAAUAAAAGCAAAGCGAGUAGGUGUCGUAAAGCAGUGUGUCGUGCUGAAAAGCUGUGUGCGUUUGUACGCGUUACGAGUGACAUUUGGUCUAGUCUUGAAGAGGGUGUGGGCCACGACGCCAGAAGAAACAUUUAGUGGGACAGUUCGGAAUCCGAAUAUUCGGAGCCUGAGGAGUCAAAUGAGUUAGGGGCCAUCGUAAGCCCCGAGACCUGCGCGAUGGACACUGUGGACAGUGCGAGCAAGCGGCAAGCUACUCGUGUCUUCAAAAAAUCCAGCCUUAAUGGAAAGAUCACGGUAUACCUUGGGAAAAGAGAUUUCGUCGAUCACAUAACUCACGUCGAUCCUAUCGACGGGGUCGUGCUGAUCGAUCCGGACUACGCGAAGGAUCGCAAGGUUUUCGGCCACGUGUUGGCCGCGUUCAAGUACGGGAGGGAGGACCUCGACGUUCUCGGGCUGACCUUUCGCAAGGAUCUCUACUUGGCGGCCGAGCAAAUCUAUCCUGCGGUGCCUGGCGCCCAACAGAGGAAGCUGACGCGGUUGCAAGAGAAGCUGAUCAAGAAAUUGGGGAGCAACGCGUAUCCUUUCUAUUUCGAGUUACCGCCUCAUUGCCCUGCGUCGGUCACGCUGCAGCCAGCGCCAGGCGACACCGGGAAACCGUGCGGCGUCGACUACGAAUUAAAAGCGUUCGUAGGUGAGACGCAGGACGACAAACCGCAGAAACGAAACUCGGUGCGGCUCGCGAUACGGAAGAUCAUGUACGCGCCCUCGAAGCAAGGCGAGCAGCCCUCCGUCGAGGUGAGCAAGGAAUUCGUGAUGUCGCCGAACAAGCUCCACCUGGAGGCGUCGUUGGACAAGGAGCUGUACCAUCACGGGGAGAAUAUCGCUGUGAACGUGCACAUAGCGAACAACAGCAACCGGACGGUGAAGAAGAUCAAGGUGUCGGUGAGGCAAUUCGCGGACAUUUGUCUGUUCUCCACGGCGCAGUACAAGUGCACGGUGGCCGAGGCGGAGAGCGAGGAGGGGUGCCCGGUGGGGCCAGGUUUCACGCUGAGCAAAGUGUUCUCUCUGAAACCGCUUCUCGCCGACAACAAAGAUAAAUGGGGGCUUGCCCUCGAUGGCCAGAUCAAAGACGAGGACACCAAUCUGGCGUCCAGCACCCUCGUGGUGGAUCCCUCGCAACGCGAGAAUCUCGGGAUAAUCGUCCAGUACAAAGUUAAAGUGAAGCUUUGCCUUGGAGCCCUGGGAGGGGAAUUAGUGGCGGAACUGCCGUUCAUCCUGAUGCAUCCGAAACCGGAAGAAGAGGAACCAGCGCCUCCCACGGCACGGCCCAGCCCGACGCAAAAGACGGAUAGCGAGAUACCGCUUGACACAAAUUUGAUUCAAUUGGACACGGAGGCUGACGGCGACAACGACAUCAUUUUCGAGGACUUUGCCCGUCUCAGGUUGAAGGGCGAGACGGAUGCCUGACUACGUGGAUCAAACUCGAUCGACCUGUUCGACGCAACCAAACGUAAGAUCUUGCAGAACGGCGCGAGCCAGCUGAUCCUUUAAUUCGACGAUCGUGUUAUCUCGCUCGGGAAAAGAAUUAAAUAUCGGUGAUAACAUAAGAACGUCGACUCUUCGCCGCACAAGGAUCAAAGAUCUUUCGUCAUCGUUCGACGAUUCGUUGGAACAACUGUAUCUCCUUUUCUUUCGAUGCUGGAUGGAAAAUCGUAUUGGUCAAAUUCAUCGUAGACAUCUGUUAUACAACAUGGGACAACACCUGGAUGGAAUGGUAUUAAUCGAUCAAUCGCACAGAGAGCCAAUUAACGCGCACCUCGUUCAACUCGUCAGCGGAAGAACAUUUUUGGAUCGAUCAAACGCGGGAGAAAGUAUAAGAAUGUCUUUACACGUUUUGACACGUUUAUUACGGGAAAGGAAACGAUUCAGGCAUCGAAGAUCGAACGCAUCGUUGAAGAAGAUGUCGGAUAAAACGAUAUGUUUACCAAUAACGAGAUGGAGGAGUGCAUCUUUUACUUUGGAGAUGCGAUUUUCGACGAGAUUUAACUAGCAUUAACGUGUUUUGUCUUAUUUUAAUCACAUGGCCAGUAUGCAGAAUUCGUCCUGUCAGUCGAGCAGACGCGUUUUAAGCGUGCGUUUUUCAUGCGAGAGUCUGAAAAAAAUGUUCUUGUGAGAAAAAGAGACUGGUCGAUUUCGUUUCGCAGAAAAGAUUAUUAUUUUCGUUUCGUUUUCCUACUAUUAUCUAGUUUAAUAAAAAUCCUUUAAGUUGUUGAGUUAGUACGCGUUUUCCUUAUUGAAAUAUUAAAUUUGAGAAAGUUUUAUCGCCCUUCCUUUAAAUAUCUUUUUCGUAUUGUGUGAAACUUUAAAUUUUGAGAUUUGAACAACAUUUAUGAGAAAUAAUGAUAAUCAUAUAAGCUUUUCUUUUCUUUACAUCGUGUAUGCGUCUAUACAAGAUCGGAUUGAAUAUACAGCCUUUUAUCGUACAAACGACUUUUUUUUGCAGUGAAAAAUUACGAUCGAAACAGUACUACUUCUUGACAAACGUUAAAAUUAUCUCGCUUCAGUGGAAGAUAUGCAUAGAUAGUUUUGACUACAAAGAUCAUAAACCAUCGAAAUUUCGAAGAUCUCAAAAUGAAUUCUGUCUGUUUUAACAUAUUGCUAUUGAAUCGUGAUGAAUGCGAUCUUUGAACGAGCGUAAAACACAGUUUAUAUAAAGAAUUGUACGAUAAUUGAAAAUUCGAAUUAAACAAUAAUCUAUGUGAGAUAAUGUGUUACGUUGAUCGCUAAAUGUGUCUUUGUAUUCGACGUUUAUAAUACGCGGUCAAAAUGAGAUUCAAUGAGAAUGUUUCUUUUCAAAGGAUUAAGUGUAUCGAAGUAUGGAGUCGUUUUCCUUUCUGGAUAGGCAAGAAAAAUUCAACGAAUCCUAAUUAAACGUUACAUAUAUAUAUAUAUAACAAAAAAAAAAACAAAGAAUACAUUAUAUAUAGAUAAAUAUGUAUACACAGGAAUACACGUAUUGUACACACCUUGUAUGCGAACUUUGCAUCACACGCUUAACGAUUUAAAUCAAUCGAUGAUUAAAGAAAAAAGGAAAAAAAAGAAAAAAAAAAAAGAAAAAAAUAAGAAAAGAGAAUUAUGUAAAAUUUCAGCAGUUUAGCUUUUACACGUUUAUACCAACAUGGAGAAAGUAUUGGGUUUUUUGCAACACUGUUACUAAUCGUACGAUUUUUCUAUUCCUUUUUUAUGUAUCACAUUUUUUACCGAAUGAAACAUUCUAGUGCCAUCUUGAAUACACAUUUUGGAUUAUCUAAAAAAAUUCGUUUCUUUGCGAGCAUACUUGAAAUCGGUCCAAUUCGUUACUUGCAUCGUUUACUAAAGACUGUUUGCGAAAAUUGAAUCGAUCUUGUAACACUUUGAUGGGAAUAUCGAUUCGAGAGAGUUUUUUCUACGACUCCUUUUACGACUUACGUUCACGAUGAAACGGGAAAACGAGUCAUGGAUGAGAGUACAGUUAGUCGCAUUAAUAUUUGGAUCUUGUUUUAUCCACGAAUCUGUUAUUUUACAUUAUAUCGCUUAUUGUAUAAUAAGAAAAUAUAGACUAGUUAUUCCGUAAAUUUAUCUUACGAUAUAUAUUUUUUUUUCUCUCUCUCUAAAAUUUGUAAUUUUUAUUUUGUAACUUCUAAUCUAAUCUUUUUAAUAGAAGAAUUUCUAGAAGCGUCUGAAUAUUAAUGCAACUAAUUCUACAUCGAUUAAUUCCAAGCGUAAUAAAUUGAGAGAAAGGGAUCGUCCCAGGUGUAUGUGAUUAAACGGUAUGCCUUUAAGAGCGAGAUAUCGAGUAUUUUCUAAAUCAGCAGAUCGUGAUUAUCAAUGAUCAUCGAUUGAUUAUCGUAAUAGAAUCCUUUGGAUUAAUCUCAUCGAUCUGCGAUUUAGAAAACACCUUAUAAAUGUGUUGUAUUAGCACGAUU